AGCUCGGUUUGCGCUUCCCCUACACGCAUUGAUAGCUGCAGCGCACGCGAAUCUUCUGUUUUUUUCUUCCUCUUUUCCCUUUCUUGUUGCUGCCUGUGCGUCCGUGUGCGCGACAAACGGGAGGCUGCUUCAAACAUCGUUUCGAGCCUGUCAUUGGAUAAUUUUGUGUUGGACUGCGUAUACAGCCCACCCACGCCGCAGGUACUUCACUGAGCAGACAUGACGGAGCCGGCGUUCCGCGGCACGUUGCUGCUGCUGCAGAACCGCACCCGGCGCGACCCCGAGUCCUACCGUGAUGAAUUCCUCGCCCAACUCGAUCACUUCCGCGCCUCCAGCGCCACCGUGCUCGCCCAGCGCACCCUCAACCCCCAGUUCACUGCCGUGCUGAACUACGUCUGUCACGUCAGCCACUGCUUCCCAGCGGAGUCGGUGGUGACGGUGAACAUAGUGCUGGAGCUGCUGCGUGCGUCGAAGGGCAACGGGCUGCCGGGCGACCUCCGCCUGGCCCUCGUGAAGUGUCUCCUUCUGCUCCGUGCGAAGGACCUCGUCUCCACGGAUCAAACCUUUCCCCUCUUCUUCGAGCUGCUGCAGGAGCGCGACAAGACGCUGCGCAAGCUCAUUCUCACGCACUUGGUGAGUGACAUUCGCAAGGUGAACAUGCCCGGUGCGAAGAACGGUGCGCUGAUCAACAAGAAGGCGCAGAGCUUUCUCUUCUCCGUCAUGGCGGAGGAUGACCCGGUGCAGGCGCGCUGCGCGGAGAUGGUGAUGAUUGACCUCUACCGCCGCCGUGUGUGGAGUGACGAGCGCACCGUCGAGGUGCUCACACGGGCGUGCUUCUCGCGGCACACCACCAUCCUCCGCACCGCCCUGCGCUUCUUCCUGCUGCAGAUGCCGAAGAUCACUUCCGUGGACGACGACGAUGACGAGGAGGAGCAGGACCCCGGCCGGACCAUUUCCAAGCUGAAGCAGAAGAUGAAGAUUGUGAAGAAGACGGGGAAGCGCGAGCGCGUGCUGAAGCGUGGCGUGCGGGAAGCCAAGCGAAAGUACAACCGGCAGGAACGCGAGGAGGAGCUUUAUGCAAAGCAGCACGUCGACCCGAUCCGACUGCUGCGUGACCCCCAGCAGUUCGUGGAGCGUCUGCUGGCCAAGCUGCAGAAGACGUCGGAGAGGUUUGAGGUGCGACUGCUGUACCUCAACGUCAUCGCUCGUACCGUGUCUGAGCACGAGGUCAUCCACCUGCCCUUGUACGGUUUCCUGGAGCGGUACAUGGAGCCGUCGCAGCUGCAUUCAACCCAGCUCCUCGCCCUCUCCGCCAUGUGUGUCCACAAAAUGGUGCCACCCGACGUGUUGGAGCCGCUGCUGCGCACCAUCGCCAACCACUUCGUGUCCGACCGCUCGUCCCCUGACGCCAUCACCGUCGGCAUCAACACCAUUCGUGAGAUCUGCAAGCGCCAGCCGCUGGCAAUGAACGCAGACCUGCUGAAGGACCUCGCUGAGUACAAGACGCAGCGCGGCGACAAGGGCGUGAUGAUGGCGGCUCGCGCGUUGAUUCAACUCUAUCGCGACGUCUACCCGGAGUUGCUGCCAACGAAGCUGCGCGGCAGCAAGGCCGGGGCAGCGGACAUGACGAAGAAGCCCGUCUACGGUGCCGUGCACGUGUACUCGGACAUCCCCGGGCUGGAGCUGCUCUAUCAGAACAGCGCCAGCGACAAGGAGGACGAGGAGGGAAGCCGGGGCCCUUCCUCUGCCUCCUCCUCCGAUGACGACUCCUCGAGUGACAGCAGCGGGGAGUGGGUGACCGACUCGGACAGCGAGAUCGAACCCGGUGACGUGGAGGGUGACUUCGUCGAUGCCUCGGACGCCAGCAGCGAGGAGGACGAGGAUGCGUGUCCGCAGCUAGUGCCGGUGCACAAGCAGGGCCGCUCUGCGUCGACGACGGAGGACGACGCCGGCGAGGCGGAGAAGGAGGCGGCGGCCCGCAAGCGUCAGCGGGUGGACGAGCCGACGGAGGCGCAGGAAGAAGACGCGGGGGAAGAAGACGCGGAGGAAGACGAGGCGGAGGAAGAAGAGGCCGAGGAAGACGACGAGGAUGCAUUUGGGUGGGAGGAGGUUUCCGCGGACGACGAGGAGGGAGAAGACGAGGAAGAGGCUUCUGAAAGUGGUGGGGAAGAGGAGGAGGGGGAAGAGGAGGGACCCUUCUCCCUUUCGAAGGCGCUCGUCAACGCAUCAGGCGAUGAAAACGGCUGGUUCGAAGAUGUCACCGACGGCUCCAGCAGCGCGGCCUCGCUCGCCAACGCCUCUUCACGCCGCCAGUCCUCUGUGACCAGCUCCAAGGCCUCCAAGGCCUCUGUUUCCUCCUCACGCAUGCUGACCGACAGCGACUUCGAGAAGAUCCGCCAACUGCAGGCCCAACACGGCAGCCACCAGUCUCUCCGCGGCAAGCUGAAGGAACGCGACGCGCGGGCUAAGAAGAAGUACGACCUGAUCCACGGCGUCAGCGGCGAUCUGGACGCCCACGACAUUGAACACUUCACGGAGCGGAAGCGCGAGACGGACAAGCAGGCCAAGAUUGAACAGGCCCAAGAGCUGCGCAAGGCCACCUCGAAGUUUGAUCUGCGACGCAAGAAGAAGAGCAAGCUAAAUUCAACACACGGCGAGCACUCGAAGCGUGGUAAGCUAUUCCAGAUGACGAAGCGGUCGCAGCGCGUGGCGACGAAGUUGAAGAGCUCUGUGGCUGAUCGUGCGACGCGUGCGAAGGAGAUGAAGAAGAAGGACAUCAAAUUCCGUAUCAAGCGUGGCUGGAAAGCAUAA